GUUCCUGCAAUCUUCCAUGAAGAAUGCAGUCAUUUCUCUACCAGAUGCUGUCGAUAUUGCUUGUACUUUCUUUUGUCUGGCUAUCGAAUAGCGUAUACCUAACUGAGGUGGUCUGGAAGAAUGGCUCGCAUCACCGCUCUAAAGUAAUAACCGGGGUGGACAUCAUAGCCAGCCACAACUAUCCGGUGGAAACGCACACUGCGUUCACCGGGGAUGGCUAUAUACUGUCGAUUUUCCGAAUCCCAUCAUCACAGCGGUGUGAUCAUGAUGGGCCAAAGCCAGCUGUUCUAUUGAACCAUGGCAUGACUGGCUCCGCGGACACAUGGCUUCUAACUGGACCCCGGAAUGGACUGCCCUAUAUGCUGGCCGAUGCUUGCUACGAUGUGUGGCUGAUGAACUGCCGCGGAACCCGGUACUCCAGGAGGCAUCGCACCCUCAAGGCCUGGCUGUUCAAGUUUUGGCGUUUUAGCUGGCAUGAAAUCGGAAUGGAGGACUUGCCCGCCACUAUUGACCACAUCCUGGCCGCCACGAAUCAGGAAUCUUUGCACUAUGUGGGUCACUCUCAGGGAUGCACAGCCUUGCUGGUCAUGCUCAGCAUGAUACCGGAGUACAAUGAACGGAUCCGGACCGUCAGUCUAUUGGCCCCGCCCGUCUUCUUGAAACAUUCUCUUUCAAUGGGUCAUAAAAUAAUAAAGUACCUUCUGAACGUUCUGCCGGACACCGAGUUGAUGCCCCAUCAUAAGUUGCUGAAUGCGGCGAUAUCAGACAUGUGCAAUGUUCUCGGCGUGAGAACCGUUUGCACCGCACUCUAUCUCCUGAGCAAUGGACGAGUAUCCCAGCACAUGGACAGGACCGUCAUUCCGCUGUUAAUUGCCACUCACCCGGCUGGGAUCUCUACCAGGCAGCCGCGACACUUCUUCCAGCUCAAGGACUCCGGCAGAUUCCGACAAUACGACUUUGGCUUCGCAUUGAACUACCUUAUCUACAGGCAAUCCACGCCCCCGGAUUAUCCCAUGGACAGGGUUCGUCCGCUCUCCAACGUCCAUAUAUUCUACAGCGAUGACGAUGGAACCAUUUCUCCGAGGGACAUGAAGCACCUUGCCAAAAUGUUGCCCCACGCGGUCACCCAUCAUAUCGCGGAUAAAACCUGGGACCACAUGGACUUCGUUAUAGCUAAAAACGCAAAUAAGAAGAUUAAUUUACCAAUUAUCAACAUCAUCAAGAGCUUCGAGGAAUAUAGUAAGCAGGAAAUAACUAAUAAGAAGGGGGAAAUCAUCUUGAAUGCAAUUUUAAAUGAAUUUUAAUAAUUGAAAUGAUUAAAAAUGGUUAUCGCAUACUACAUACUAGAACCA